UUUGUCCGUCCGCAUCGCAUGUUCUCUUUCUGCUUCAAGUGGCUUGCUUAUGGAAAAUAUAUGGCUCGUAAACUCCUUCCUGAGAGUCCAAUAACGGCAGGAAAGUUUCAUCGAGCAAAUAAAACGACACCAAGUGUCUUCUCCAAUUUAAGAAACGGCAGCGAAAACGGCAAGGAAAACGCAAAAUCUUGUGGUGUGUGGAGCUUCUUCUCGUCGCCUCAGCUUGAGAAUCCAUAUGAGAAAUCGUCGUCGACUCUUGUAGCUGCCGCCGAAUUUCAUGUGAAGUUCUCUCCAGACAAUCUACGGAUCAAUCAUUAUUAUGACCUAAAAUAUUUUUCAAUUGGCUAUGCCUCUGGUUUGAUCUAUUUAUAUGGUAAUAGAGGCCAGGCUAGACCUGUGAUAUGUAACCCCAUCACAGGACGGUAUGCGAUCUUACCUGAUCGGUAUACCUACAGAAAGGCGUAUAGCUUUUUCGGGUUUGACCCCAUUGACAAGCAAUACAAGGUAUUGUCCAUGGUCUAUCGUCCAUCUGGUCCUGGUGAUAGUAAAAUUCUUACAUUUGGAGCUGGAGAUAUGAUGACGUGGAGAAAGAUAAAUUGUCUCUUACGACAUGAUGUUAAGAGUGAAGGGGUAUGCAUCAAUGGGGUUUUGUAUUACUUAGGUGACACGUCGGAUUGGGGUCACGUUAAUGAUGGUCAUGAUGUAACGUCUGAUUAUGUGAUAGUUUGCUUUGAUGUUAGGUCUGAGACAUUCACCUUUAUUGACGUAGAAAGGUUUUGUCGAUUGAUCAACUAUAAGGGAAAAUUAGCUGUGAUUUAUUGGGAGGAUGACGUCGACAUUUAUGAGCUUUAUUAUGAGGAGGGUAUAGAUGUCGACAAAUAUAUGGAAGAUAAUGUCGACGCUGAUGCCAUUAAUGAGUUGCGUUUGUGGAUUCUAGAGGAUGUUGAGAAACAGGAAUGGUCGAAAUAUGCCUACACUUGGAGCGAUGAUAAAUUCUUCCAUCGUCUUGUUUCCAUUGGUGGAGUGACUGCUUCGGGUGAGAUAGUGUUUUCGAUACGCAAGUAUACACCUACACAACCGUUUUAUGUUUUUUACUUCAAUCCCGAAAGGAACACUCUGCAACGUGUUGAAAUCCAAGGUUUUGGUGAAGGGUUUAAGAAAACUUGUAGCGUUUGCACCUUUGCAAACCACGUAGAGGAUCUUAAUGUUAAUGAUUUAGAACAACUCAAGUCAGUCCAUCCUCCACUUGAAUCAGACUGAUAAGGGACAAGGAGAAGAAGAUAGAGACGAUCAUUGGAGUCAUGUGAAAGCAAUGGGCAUGUCAUUUUGUUCUCUUACCUAUGCGAUUUUUUCUCUCUUGAACGAGCUUUAUACAUCUAUCCUUCAUUUUGUUUGGUCUCAAGAACAUGGUUUUGUUGUUUCUCUUAGUUCUGUCUUUAAUCUGAGUAGAUUUGCUUUAAUUUUCAACAGAGAUUUGUCCUCUGUUCUGUUUCAACAUCUUGUUGUGUUUGUUGUUUGUGUGGUGAUGGGACUAAUUUAUUCCAUGAUGACACUUUGGACUAAAUACUUAAAUAUGAUUUGUACAAAAAUGUUCACUGAUUUUUCACUGU